UUUAUAUGAGCUGAGACUAUGAGAAUGAUAUCAUAACCAAUAUGUGGUUGACUGGAUUGGUUCAUUCAGCCACACUACAAACAUAGAAAUAGAGCAGAACAAGAAGGAGAGGGUAAAUGGCUUUCACUGGACAGUGAGCUGAUAAUGAAGAAUGGGGAAGUUGUUGGCACCCAAUGUCCUACAGGUCAUAGUGUCCUCAUUGAUGCACGUUUCGAGCUUCCGUAUGAUUUACCAGAGUCAGAAGCUGCUGAACUGCAGAAUAAACUUGAGGUCCUCAACAACAUCAUGGAUCAAGAGGGAGUAGCAGGAGGAGACUCUCUUUCUCGAAAGAUGAUGACCAUCAAGGAGCAGCAUAGGAGGCCAACAUAUUCACAAUCUGGUAUGUCAGAGGACAGUGAUUAUACAAGUGACAUCAAUUACCCUACCAACCAUCAACACAACAGCUCUGCACAUCAGUUCCGUAGUGAACACCCGUAUGCUAGGAACAUUACUCGUGAGGAGAGUGGGGAUUCAAGAGAUUUUAAUUACGAUCCAAUGGAUCGAGAAUAUGAUCGAGAACAUGGUUACUAUGACAACCAGGAAAGUCCAUAUCAUCAACCACGGAGUGAUACAGACUCAGAACCCUUGUAUUACAAUAGUAGACCCCCACAGAACUAUGCAAAUGACAGUCCCAGUGACUACAGCACUGCACCCCCUCCCCAGAAGCAACCCCAAGAAUUCAGUCCUGUUUAUAAUCAACCAGACAACAGACAUGGGACCCAUUAUCAUGACGACUAUCGUUAUAACGAUUACUAUGGAGAAGAUGAUCCUGAUAUUUAUGAUCGCCAUAGUGAUGAUUAUCCUCCUACCGACAGACUAAGCUCUAGUCAGAGUCAGCAGACCUCACAGGACUACUACACUCCAGCUAACUAUUUCUCCGCAC